AUGUACAACGGCGCCGUGCGAACGAUGAAGGCCAAGUAUACCAUCGACGAAGGGGACGUGGAGGUGAUUAGGCCCGCGGUGUACCUGAGGGAGAAGGCGCUGAGGGAUUUCUCCUACGACGCGGGGUUGCCGGUCAUCAACGAGAACUGCCCCGCGUGCUUCGAGGCGCCCAAGGAGCGCAAUCACAUCAAGAAACUCCUGGCGCGCGAGGAGAGCGUCUUCCCGAGCCUCUACUCCAGCAUGAGGAACGCGUUGACGCCGCUCUUC